UGAGUGUCGCGAAUGGAAAUAACCACCGCCAUAAUCGGACCUAGUCAUUCAGAACACUGAUUCCUAAUAUUCCAUAGGAUUACCAACCACCCAUAUCGGUAGCCAUGGGGAUUUCAGGAAAACUGAGUCCAGAACAGCUCCACUCCUUCCAUUCUCAAGGGUUUCUUGUGAUUGAAUCGUUUUCAAGCCCUGAAGAGAUUGAUGACAUGAGAAGGAGAAUGGAUCAAUUGCUUGACGGCUUUGACUGCUCCACUGCUGCCUCCAUCUUCUCUACCAAAAACCAGCAAAAAUUGACCGAUGAUUACUUCUAUGAGAGUGCCGAGAAGAUUUCCUUUUUCUUUGAGGAGAAAGCAUUCGGUGAGGAUGGCAACUUGAAGCAAGCAAAACAACUUUCCAUCAACAAAGUUGGCCAUGCAUUGCAUGAGAUCGACCCAGUAUUUAAAACAUUCUCUUGUUCCGAGAAACUCUCAAGUUUGAUGCUCUCUUUAGGGUACAAGAGGCCAGUGAUCAUCCAAUCAAUGUAUAUAUUUAAGCAACCAGGCAUUGGAGGUGAAGUGGUGCCGCACCAGGAUAACUCAUUCCUUUAUACUGAACCACCAACUUGCACGGGCCUGUGGCUGGCGCUAGAAGAUGCAACAAUUCUAAAUGGUUGCCUCUGGGCCAUUCCUGGAUCCCAUAAAAAUGGACUUGUGAGAAGGUUCAUCAGAGGUGAUGAAGGGGUUUACUUUGACCAGCCUUCCCCAUCAUAUGAUGAUAAAGAUUUUGUGCCUGUUGAAGUGAAAGCUGGCUCUUUGGUUGUCCUUCAUGGCGAUCUUAUUCAUCAAAGUUUUGAGAAUCAGUCCCCAAAAUCAAGGCAUGCCUACAGCUUGCAUGUGGUGGAUACGGAUGGCUGCAAAUGGGCCCAAGAGAACUGGAUCAGAAGGAAAGUGGACCCUGAGCCUCUCUAUGAAUCUUGAUCCGAAGCCCGGCAGUCCAUCAGUUGAUAGUCAUUCGGAAGGCUGCCCAUGUCUGUCAUUCAGUCGCAACUUUGUGUUCUUUCUUCUUAGUCAUCUGUACAAUAGGAUCCCUGCUUGUGAAAUAAAGAAUUACAACAUAAACUUACUGUGUUAUGAGAUACAACACGUGCAUGAAAAUAUGUGUGAUAACUAUUUUUUAUUUAAUAAUUGUUGUCCUACAUAUCUGUACUGUGUCAUCAAGCGAUGCUCUGGUGUAAUAAAUUUUUCCUCCAAACAGUUGCCCA